AUGGAGAGCCAAAAAGACAAACAAAUGGGUCCUAGAACAGAUCGAGCUGGAAAUCUCCCGGGAAGCCAAGAUGACUUAACUAAGGCCGCCAUACUUUGGCCACAUCGCAGUAAAGACAGAAUGAGACAAGCAGACAUGGGACACUGUUUGAUCAAGGUACUCUUGAGGACCAUGAACCUCAUUGUGUCUGGCUUAAUAUUUACUUUCCUCUUCAUAUACCACCUGGGACCUUCACUAAAGAUAUUCCAGAUCAUGAUGUGGUAUAAACGCCAGAAAAGGGGUGUGAAAGUGAAAUAUGUUGAGCAUGAUGGCUACAGGUUCUGUUACUUCUCCCGUGGGAAGCCUGGACUCCAGCCAUCCAUGCUGAUGCUUCAUGGGUUUUCGUUCAACAAAGACAUAUGGUUAAAUGCCAUCAAACCCUUUCCUAAGGACCUCCACUUGAUCUGCCUUGACAUGCCUGGACAUGGAGAAACCACUCGCUUGCUUGAAGAAAAUUACACAGCAGCUACUCAGGCUCAAAGGAUACACCAGUUUGUCAAAUGUAUCGGCCUGGAGAGAAAGCCUUUCCAUUUGGUUGGCAUCUCCAUGGGUGGAAUGGUGGCUGGCCUUUACGCUGCACUUUAUCCAUCUGAGAUCUGCUGCUUAUCUCUCCUGUGCCCAGCUGGUCUGAGGUACCCAGCGAAUAAUGACUUGAUCAAGCAUUUGAAGAAGCAGGAGCGAUCCAUUCACUCACACAACUUCUUAAACUUGGUUUAUACCAUUCCAGCCAAAAAUAUUGAGUGA